AUGCACGAAGAAACCAAGACGCUUUUGCCUCCGGACCACCUCGAAGCAGCCUCGGUGAGCGAUAUCUUUCUCAUCAAGCCCUACUCGCUGCGGGCAGAGAUUGCAUCCCUCAUCCAGCUCGCCUACCCGAUGGUUGCGACAUACUUGAUGGAGUUCCUCCCGGGCUUUCUCUCGGUCGCUCUUGUGGGCCACCUCGACUCGCCCCUCACAAAGGAGUAUGUGGACGCAGCCGCGCUCUCUACCGUGUUCUUGAACCUUUCUGGCCUCUCGAUUGGCUUUGGUCUUGCCUCGGCGCUGGACACACUCUGUUCUCAAGCUGUAGGCGCUGGGAAGACAAACCUUCUCGGCGGCUACCUUCAAUGCGGCCUCCUCGUCCUCGCGGUGACCUACGUUCCAAUGUUCUUACUUAACUACAAUGUGGGGCUCUUACUCGUUUGCCUUGGUCAAGACCCGAUCGUGGCGUCGCUGGCUGGCGAGUUCUCGCGCGUGACUGUGUUUUGUCUCCCACUUUGCUUUACCUACGAGCUCCUCAAGAAGGUGUUGCAGGCCCAGCACAUUGUUGCACCCAUGGCGUACAUUGCAAUCGCAAGCAACCUCCUCUACGCUGGCGUCGGCUACUACCUCUGCUACUACACGGACGCAGGAUUUCUCGGCAUUGCGUAUGCACGCUUGGUCUGCAAUACGUCCUUGCCGCUACUUGCGGUCCUCUAUCUGAAUUAUACGCAAGUGCACUGCCAAUGGUGGCCGCAAGGCUCCUCGUGGACCUCGCAGUGGUACGACGCCGUGCACCAUGUUGGCGAGUUCCUCGAAUUUGGCGUUCCUGCCAUGGUCAUGAUGCUCCUCGAAUGGUGGGCGCUUGAGAUCCUCACGCUCAUGGCAGGCUGGAUGCCGUCGCCCGUCCUGGCCAUCAGCGUGCACUCGGUUCUGGUGACGCUUUCGUCAGUUGCUUUCAGCAUCUUUCUCGGUAUCUCGAUUGCGACGACGAUCCGAUUGGGGAACGCGCUCGGAGCGUACGAGCCAAUGCGCGCCAAGUUGAUUGUGUCGGCGUCGUACAUCGUUGUCGCGGCUACCGCGACCGUCCUUGGUGCUUUUGUACUCGCCUUUCGACUCGUCUUGCCUGCGUGGUUCAUCAACGAUGCGUCUUCCAUCCGGACGACGCAAGGGGCUCUGUACAUUCUGGUCCUAUAUCAAUUCAUGGAUGCGAUGAAGAUGGCCGCCCAAGGGCUCUUGCGCGGCAUGGGACGUCAGACCAUCGGAGCGCACGUGAACGCUGUCGCGUACUGCGCGAUUGGACUUCCGCUUGCUGCUCUUCUCGGGUUUAUCGUCAACUUGGACGUACCGGGGCUUUGGAUGGGCAUGACGAUCGGUGUCUCGUCAGCGUUCGUCUUCUUUGCAGUGUACCUAGCGCGAACCAACUGGCGCGGUGUGGCGGACGACGCUGUGAGCCGCAUGGACAAGUAA